UUCUUCCGCCUCCCUUGAGAGCAGCUGCGUUUGAUAACAAGUUCGGCACGGAAGACGUGGAAAUGGAGGAGCAAGAAUAGGAGGCAGAGGUGCGAAGCAGCGAUGAGGGACGAAGGAGGUGGCGGUAGUGGAAAACAUAAUGUGCCCUCCGAUGCCAAACCCGUCGCCCCCAACAACACCAAGCCCCUUUCCGUGUGGGGCGUUCUCGGCGGCGACGGCGACCACCACCACAAUGCGAAGCCCUUGCCGCGUCCGUGGGCCUCCAGGGACUGUAAAUCAUUCUUUACGUUACACCGGCUCGGCUUUCUCCUCUUCCUCCUCUCUGUUUCGCUGCUCUACUUCCUCCAUACCUACAACCUCCUCUUCUCCCCCUUGCCUUCCUGCCCCGUCUCCUCCACUGCCGUCCUCCACCUCUCCUCCGCCAACUUUACCACCAGCAUUGGCAACGGUAGCAGCGCCGACGUAGGCAGAUCGUCGCCGUCCACGCCGGUGCCGAUAGCCGCCCCGCGUUCCCCCUCCUCUGCUGCUGCCGCCUCCCCCGCCGCUACAGGGCUGCAGCACAUUGUCUUUGGCAUCGCGGCCUCCGCCAAACUCUGGGAGAAGCGCAAGGCCUACAUCAAGGUCUGGUGGCGGCCGCGCCGGAUGCGCGGCUUUGUCUGGCUUGAUAAGCCCGUCAAGGAGCUGAAGGCUACGGAUCCCGGCCUCCCCCUCCUCAAGAUCUCCGGCGACACCUCCCGGUUCCCCUACACCCAUCGGAAGGGGGAUCGCUCGGCCAUCCGCAUCUCCCGUAUCGUCUCCGAGACGUUCCGUUUACGCCUCCCCAAUGUUCGGUGGUUCGUCAUGGGGGACGAUGACACCGUCUUUUUCCCUGACAACCUCGCUUGCAUCCUCUCCCGUUUCGACCACCGUCAACCCUACUACAUCGGCUCUCAUUCCGAGUCCCACCUCCAGAAUAUUUACUUCUCCUACAACAUGGCCUACGGCGGCGGCGGGUUCGCCAUCAGUGCCCCCCUCGCCGCCGCCCUCGCCAGAGUUCAGGACAAGUGCCUCUACCGCUACCCGGCCCUCUACGGCAGCGACGACCGGAUCCAGGCCUGCAUGGCUGAGCUCGGCGUCCCCCUCACCCGCCACCCCGGCUUCCACCAGUACGACGUCUACGGCGACCUCCUCGGUCUCCUCGCCGCUCAUCCCGUCGCCCCGCUCGUCUCCCUCCACCAUCUCGAUGUCGUCCAGCCACUCUUCCCCGGCGCCGGUUCACGGGCAGCCGCCAUCCGCCGCCUCUUCGACGGCCCCGUCCGCCUCGACUCCGGGGGAGUGAUGCAGCAAUCCAUCUGCUACGAGCGGCGGCAGCUGUGGACGGUGUCCGUCGCCUGGGGCUUCGCCGUGACGGUGGUGCGCGGGGUGAUGUCGCCGCGGGAGAUGGAGACGCCGGCGCGGACGUUUCUCAACUGGUAUCCUCGCGCGGACUACACAGCCUAUGCGUUCAACACCCGGCCAGUGGCGCGCAACCCGUGCCAGAAGCCCUUCGUGUACUACCUCGCCUCAGCCCGCUACGACAACGCCCGCCAGACCACCGUCACCGAGUACAAGCGCCACCGCGAGACUCAUCCGCUGUGCAAGUGGCGGAUGGCUGACCCCUCGGCGCUCGUGGACCGCAUCGUCGUCCACAAGAAGCCCGAUCCCGGCCUCUGGGACAGAGCUCCGCGGAGGAAUUGCUGCAGAGUGUUGUCAUCGCCAAAGGAUGCGAAGAAGCGAGACAGGUCGAUGGUGAUUGACGUCGGGACGUGCCAAGAAGACGAGAUCAGCGGGAUAAAUUAAGAGGAGCGUUAGCUCUCUCUCUCUCUCUCUCUCUCUCUCUCUCUCUCUCUCUUUCUCUCUCCCUCCCGCCUACCUGCUGUUUGUAGUUAUGACCAUAUGUGAAGCCGCUGAAACAACUCUCUUGGAAUUCUUUUUCCUUCGUCUCGUCGAUCUGGGGCUCUCUUCGGUGGGGGCGACGAUAGGUUCUCAUGUGGUCGUAGUGCCUUGUGAUUUGGGCCCC